AUGGCUAUGAAUUUUGUGACGUUCAACCAGGAUUUCAGCUACCUUGCUGUCGCCACCUCCAAGGGAUUCCGCAUUUUCACCACCGACCCAUUUGCGAAAAGCUAUGAGACAAAAGAGGGAAAUAUCGCUGUCAUUGAGAUGCUGUUUUCCACAUCCUUAGUAGCGCUUAUUCUAUCCCCGCGACGGUUACAGAUCACAAACACCAAGCGUCAAAGCACAAUAUGUGAACUUACGUUUCCCACCACGGUCCUAUCUGUGAAGCUAAACCGGAAACGUCUGGUUAUCGUGCUAGAAGAUCAGAUCUACCUCUACGAUAUUCAGACCAUGGGGCUAUUAUCGACGAUAGACACUUCCCCCAACCCUCACGCGAUCUGUGCCUUAGCUCCGUCGUCGGAUAAUUGCUAUAUGGCAUACCCAUUACCUCAAAAGGCCCCUGCAGCUAUCAAACAGCCAGCCCACGCUCCCCCUGGAACCACUCAUGUCUCGCCGACAAGCGGAGAGGUACUCAUAUUCGAUGCGGUCAAACUCGAAGCGAUUAAUGUCAUAGAAGCCCACCGCUCCCCACUAGCCUUCAUCACACUCAACAGUGACGGAACCCUACUCGCGACAGCUUCAGACAAGGGAACUAUCAUUCGUAUUUUCUCGGUACCUGAUGGUCAUAAAUUAUAUCAAUUUAGACGUGGCUCCAUGCCCUCCCGGAUCUACAGCAUGUCUUUCAACACCACGUCUACCCUCCUCUGUGUUUCUUCAUCCACCGAAACGAUUCAUCUUUUCAAACUGAGUCCACAAGGUCCAUCAUCAGAUGGAUCUUCAGCACAUUCGCCUGUUGGUCGUGAGCAAAGCGGAACUAGCCAUUACAGCAAUCUACACGAUGAGGACGACAUGGGCGGCGACUCAAACGCAGAUCUAGCCUCAAGAAAGCACAAUGGUACUUUAAUGGGGAUGCUACGCCGGACAUCUCAAAACGUCGGUGGUGCUGUUGCGGCAAGGGUGGGUGGAUAUCUUCCCAAGGGGGUUAGCGAGAUGUGGGAGCCGGCGCGAGACUUCGCCUGGAUCAAGUUGCCCCGAUCAAGCCAGGGGGCCGGGGGCAAUGGAAACGCCGCCCCCAUUCGGAGUGUUGUAGCUAUGAGCAGCAACACCCCCCAGGUGAUGGUCGUGACUAGCGAUGGCAACUUUUAUGUCUUCAACAUCGAUUUGUCGAAGGGUGGGGAAGGGACUCUCACAAAGCAGUACUCGGUGGUUGAUUCAAAUGACCGGUUAGGAUACCCUGCGGUGGAGUAUUGA